GUCAAGACGUGUCAUCACUCAUCACUCCACCAUGGAUUCUUCCACGACCCCUCUCAUUGGUCGGGACAACCUAGAACGCCGGCCAGAUUCCACCAGAUCUCCGGCAGAUGGAUCUUCCAUCGUCAAGGUCCUCGCCGGUUUCUUUGUCUCCAUGCUAGUCCUUUCAUCUAUGGUUGCUGUAAUGUACAACCAAUUACAAAGACCACAAGGUGGCCGGCAGUCCACUACCGCCACAACCACGUCAUCAUCGCCGGGAAUUGAGGUGAAACCGUCGUCAAGAGGGGUGGGGUGGCCGGAGAAGAUGGUUGGUGGUGAUGAUAGCAUAGAAUGGCAACGAUCUGCUUACCAUUUUCAACCCGAUAAGAAUUUCAUCAGCGGGAUGUAUCCUUUAAUGGUUACGUUGUUGAUAUAAAGAGUUAAAUAACAUUAUAAGUUUUUAUUUAAUUUGUUUUGGAAUUUGGAAAUGAUGAUUUUCUAAUGUAUGUUUUGUAUUUGUUUAUGUUGGGUUUUGGCGUAUUUUUGAUGGAUUUUGCUGAUCUUCACUUCAGACCCUGAUGGUCCAUUAUACCACAUGGGUUGGUACCAUUUAUUCUACCAGUACAACCCGGAUUCCGCCAUUUGGGGCAACAUCACAUGGGGCCACGCCGUCUCCAAAGACCUAAUCAACUGGUUCCACCUCCCUCUCGCCAUGGUUCCCGAUCACUGGUACGACAUCCAAGGCGUCAUGACCGGCUCCGCCACCAUCCUCCCCGACGGCCAAAUCAUCAUGCUCUACAGCGGCAACGCCUUCGAUCUCUCCCAGCUUCAAUGUCUCGCAUACCCUCUCAACUCCUCCGACCCUCUCCUCCUCGACUGGAUCAAAUACGCCGACAACCCCAUCCUCUUCCCCCCUCCCGGCGUCGGCCUCAAAGAUUUCCGGCACCCUUCCACUCUCUGGAUAGGACCCGACGGCAAGUACCGAAUGGUGAUGGGAUCGAAACAUAAUGAUACGAUCGGGUGUGCUCUCGUCUACCACACCACCAAUUUCACACACUUUGAGUUGUUGGAUGAUGUUUUGCAUUCGGUUGCGGGUACGGGUAUGUGGGAGUGUGUGGAUCUUUACCCGGUAUCCACUACCGAUACGAAUGGGUUGGAUAUGUCGGAUUAUGGGUCGGGUUCGGGUGGUGUUAAGUAUGUGUUGAAGCAAAGUGGAGAUGAAGAUAGACAUGAUUGGUAUGCGAUCGGGUCGUAUGACCCGGUGAAGGAUAAAUGGUACCCGGAUGAUCCGGAGAUGGAUGUGGGUAUCGGAUUGAGAUAUGAUUAUGGGAAGUUUUAUGCUUCGAAGACGUUUUAUGACCCGAGUAAGAAGAGACGGGUUCUAUGGGGAUAUGUUGGUGAAACGGAUCCUCAAAAAGAUGACCUCAUUAAAGGAUGGGCAAAUAUUUUGAACGUUCCAAGAUCCGUGGUAUUGGACACUAAGACUCAAACCAAUCUAAUUCAAUGGCCGGUUGAGGAAGUCGAAACUUUGAGGUCUAAAAAGCACAACGAAUUUAAAGACGUCGAGUUGCAGCCUGGAUCACUCAUACCACUUGAUAUAGGUUCCGCCACACAGUUGGAUAUAAGUGCUUCAUUCGAGGUAGACAGUAUGAUGUUGGGUGCAACCCUAGAAGCCGAUGUUUUGUUCAACUGCACCACAAGCAAUGGUUCAUCCGCAAGGGGAGUUUUGGGACCGUUUGGGCUCGUGGUCCUAGCCGAUGCAUCACUAACCGAGCAAACUCCAGUGUAUUUCUACAUUGCAAAAAACAUUGAUGGCACCUCGAGAACUUAUUUUUGUGCUGAUGAAUCAAGAUCAUCAAAGCUUUUAGAUGUGGGCAAAAUGGUGUAUGGAAGUAGUGUUCCUGUCCUUCAUGGUGAAAACUACAACAUGAGGUUAUUGGUGGAUCAUUCAAUAGUAGAAAGCUUUGCACAAGGAGGAAGAACAGUGAUAACAUCAAGAGUGUAUCCUACAAAGGCAAUCUAUGAAUCAGCCAAAGUAUUCUUGUUCAACAAUGCAACUGGCAUCAAUGUUAAGGCCUCACUCAAGAUUUGGAAGAUGGGUGGGGCACAAUUAAACCCUUUUUCCCUCUUCAAAUAGGUUCAGUUUUGUGCAUUCAUUGUGUUUCACUAGGGGCAUUUUGGUCAUUUCCUAUGCCUAUUGUAGUAGGUGUAAGCUUAUAAGUUACAAAUCCCACUCAUUCAUGUUUUUGUAAGUUGUAACACCCCAAAACUCAAAAUCAUGAUUAAAGUUAUUG